AUCCGACCUUCUUUCUCAUCCCCUCUCUCGACUCGAUCCUCCCUCCACUCCACGCUCAAACUCUCAUAUAUCCACUUCACAGAUAUAAUUAUAUGCCGACCAUGACAGUCUCUGAACCAACCAAGCAGGAGACGCUCGACUUUUUCAAGCGCCUUAAGUCACAGCAUGCCAACAAGAUGUGCGCUGACUGCAAUGCAAAGAACCCCGACUGGUGCUCUAUUCCCUUUGGUAUCUUUCUUUGUUUCGAUUGCAGCUCUGUCCACCGCAACCUCGGCGUUCACAUCUCAUUUGUCAGAUCUUCGUUGCUGGACUCUUGGACAUGGGAUCAGCUUCGCACCAUGAAGGUUGGUGGUAACGCCGCAUUGAAUGAGUUCUUCAACAAGUCGCCAAUGGGGAGUAGCAGGGAUGCAAAGACGAAAUACACCUCCAAGGCCGCUGUUGCAUACAAGGAAAAACUGGAGCAGCGUAAGGCAGAAGACGCGAUCAGCAAUCCUGGCCGUCUCGUUCCUGAGGCUAACGCGGCUAAGCCAGUAGCAUCCUCCGUCGCCUCUGUCGCCGACGAGGAUGAUUUUUUCAACACCUGGAACGAGCCCAAGAAACCUUCCUCAGGGACAUCGACACCCACGUCUUCCUCGACUCCUCCUCCUGUCUUGGGCAUGGGCGCCUCAUCUCCAGCGACAUCAUCUCCUCAGCGUGCUGGACUGGUGCGCCCACAGCGAUCGACUUUGACUGCCAAGAAGCCCACCGUUGGUGCUUCUAAGCCCAUGAAGCUGGGCGUCAAGAAGGUUGCUGGCGUGAAUUUUGAGGAGGCCGAGACUAGAGCGAAGGCCGAGGCUGAAAGGAUUGCUGCCUUGGGAGCUGAAGCUGCUGAGCAGGAGAGAUUGGAGAAGCAGGCUGCUGCUGAAAGGGCGGCUCAACGUGCAACAGAACUGGAGAGCACAAGGAACCAACCACAAUCAGCCCCGAGCCUUGUCAACUAUUACCAAGCUAAUUCUGCAGGAGAUACCCCAUCAAGGGCCAACGAGGAUGGACUGGCCCGUCUCGGAAUGGGCAUGGGUCGUAUGGGUUUCGGUGCUGCUCCUUCAAGCCGUCCCUCAAACAGCUACGUUUCAAAGCAACCCGAAUCGACGACUGCUCGCGAAAAGUUUGGUAGCCAAAAGGCCAUUUCUUCUGACCAAUAUUUCGGUCGCAACAACUACGACUCUAAGGCACAGUCAGAAGCCCAGAACCGUCUUCAGGCAUUCUCAGGAGCAACCGCUAUCAGCAGCAACCAAUAUUUUGGUCGCGAUGAGGCCGGGCCCCAGGAGGAGGAGGUUGACCAGCUUAGCGCUGACUUUGCUGCUCUUGGAAACGCAGUGAUGAAAGGCGCCGAUCUUCUUAACACGGUCCUCAACGACAUGACUUCGCACUACAACUACUAAGGAACGCGGGCGUUUUGAUCCUGAAUCUUUUGUCGCUUCUAUGCCUGGAGUCCACAUCGCAUGUUUAGACCUGUCUGCUUUUCUUUAGAGAUAGAAUUCCGUUUUGUUUGUAGUACCAUAAUUAUUCCCUUACUCUCCUGUGGAUGUCAUGUUUAGAUUCAGAUUGAAGCGUUAAUCAUAUUAA